CGGCCACCCGAGGCUGCGGAGGGGAACGAGAUCCGAGGCCCCGAGGCGGCCCUGCAUCUGGCCCGGGCACGCGGGGGCUGCCUCUGCACCCCCAGCCGAGGGCCGCGGGGCCUGGCCUCGUCGCGGGGUGGAGUAGCCUCCUUGCCCCUGGCCGCCAGCGCCCUGAGUCUGCCUGACCCCUCAGGGGGGCUCGCCCGCGGCCCCCCAUGAGCGCGCCCGGCUGACCCGCAGGGCGGCCGCGGUGGAGUCCGGGCGCAGCGGGUACGGCGGGACCAUGGCCUCGCUGGACCUGCCCUACCGCUGCCCCCGCUGCGGGGAGCACAAGCGCUUCCGGAGCCUGUCGUCGCUGCGCGCGCACCUGGAGUACAGCCACACGUACGAGACGCUCUACAUCCUCUCCAAGACCAACAGCAUUUGCAACGGCGCCGCGGCGGCCGCGGCUGCCGCCGCCGCCGCCUCCGGUUUCCCUCUGGCGCCUGAGCCUGCCGCCCUGCUGGCCGUGCCAGGCGCCCGGCGCGAGGUCUUCGAGAGCACGUCCUUCCAGGGCAAGGAGCAGGCGGCCGGGCCGUCCCCCGCGGCGCCACACCUGCUGCACCACCAUCACCACCACGCACCCCUCGCCCACUUCCCUGGCGACCUGGUGCCCGCCAGCCUGCCCUGCGAGGAGCUGGCUGAGCCGGGCCUCGUGCCCGCCGCCGCCGCGCGCUACGCGCUCCGCGAGAUCGAGAUCCCGCUGGGGGAGCUAUUCGCCCGCAAGUCCGUGGCCUCCUCGGCGUGCUCGACGCCGCCGCCCGGGCCUGGCCCCGGGCCCGCCUCUGCUUCGCCCGCGUCGCCCUCGCCCGCCGAUGUGGCUUACGAAGAGGGCCUGGCUCGCCUCAAGAUCCGCGCGCUGGAGAAGCUGGAGGUGGACCGACGGCUGGAGCGGCUGAGCGAGGAGGUGGAGCAGAAAAUCGCGGGCCAGGUGGGCCGGCUCCAGGCCGAGCUGGAGCGCAAGGCGGCGGAGCUGGAGACUGCGCGGCAGGAGAGCGCGCGGCUGGGGCGCGAGAAGGAGGAGCUGGAGGAGCGCGCUUCCGAGCUCUCGCGCCAGGUGGACGUGAGUGUGGAGCUGCUGGCCUCGCUCAAGCAGGACCUGGUGCACAAGGAACAGGAGCUGAGCCGCAAGCAGCAGGAGGUGGUGCAGAUUGACCAGUUCCUGAAGGAGACGGCGGCGCGGGAGGCCAGCGCCAAGCUGCGGCUGCAGCAGUUCAUCGAGGAGCUCCUCGAGCGGGCUGACCGCGCCGAGCGGCAGCUGCAGGUCAUCAGCAGCAGCUGUGGCAGCACUCCCAGUGCCAGCCUGGGCCGCGGAGGUGGGGGAAGUGGUGCUGGGCCCAGUACCCGGGGCCCAGGCAGGACGCGAGAACACCACGCGGGCCUGGCCAUGCCUAGCACAUACGCGGUGUCACGGCAUGGCUCCUCUCCCAGCACAGGGGCCUGCAGUCGCAUCCCAGCUGCAUCCCAGAGCUCAGGCUGCUAUGACAGUGACAGUCUGGAGCUGCCCCGGCCAGAAGAGGGGGCCCCUGAGGACAGUGGCCCCGGGGGCUUGGGCACACGGGUCCAGGCUGCCAACGGUGGCUUGGAGCGGGCCCAGCCCCCUCGCAGCUCAGGCCUGCGGCGCCAGGCCAUCCAGAACUGGCAGCGCAGACCUCGCCGACACAGCACGGAGGGGGAGGAAGGUGACGUCUCGGAUGUGGGCUCCCGAACCACCGAGUCAGAGGCUGAGGGCCCCUCGGAUGCCCCCCGCCCUGGGCCUGCUAUGGCUGGGCCGUUGAGCAGCUGCCGGCUCUCUGCCCGCCCUGAGGGAGGCAGUGGGCGGGGUCGGCGAGCCGAGAGGGGCAGCCCCUCACGCUCCAAUGAGGUCAUCAGCCCGGAGAUCCUCAAGAUGCGAGCCGCCCUGUUCUGCAUCUUCACCUACCUGGACACGCGCACACUGCUACAUGCCGCCGAGGUCUGCCGGGACUGGCGCUUUGUGGCCCGCCACCCUGCCGUCUGGACACGGGUGCUGCUUGAGAACGCCCGCGUCUGUUCCAAGUUCUUGGCAAUGCUGGCUCAGUGGUGCACCCAGGCCCACUCGCUGACACUGCAGAACCUGAAGCCCCGGCAGCGGGGCAAGAAGGAGAGCAAAGAAGAGUAUGCCCGGAGUACCCGGGGCUGUCUGGAAGCAGGGCUAGAGUCUCUGCUGAAGGCGGCUGGGGGGAAUCUGCUGAUCCUGCGCAUCUCCCACUGUCCCAACAUCCUCACUGACCGUUCACUCUGGCUGGCCAGCUGCUACUGCCGCGCCCUGCAGGCUGUCACCUACAGAAGCGCCACAGACCCGGUGGGCCAUGAGGUCAUUUGGGCCCUGGGCGCAGGCUGCAGAGAGAUUGUCUCCCUCCAGGUGGCGCCACUUCACCCCUGCCAGCAGCCCACGCGCUUCAGUAACCGCUGCCUACAGAUGAUCGGUCGCUGUUGGCCCCACCUCCGGGCCCUGGGCGUCGGGGGUGCCGGCUGUGGGGUGCAGGGCCUGGCAUCACUCGCGAGAAACUGCAUGCGACUGCAGGUCCUGGAGCUGGACCACGUGUCGGAGAUCACCCAAGAGGUGGCGGCUGAGGUCUGCCGGGAAGGCCUGAAGGGACUGGAGAUGUUGGUGCUCACGGCCACCCCUGUCACCCCCAAGGCCCUGCUGCAUUUCAACAGCAUCUGCCGGAACCUCAAGUCCAUUGUGGUCCAGGUUGGGAUUGCCGAUUAUUUCAAAGAGCCCAGCAGCCCUGAGGCCCAGAAGCUGUUUGAGGACAUGGUGACAAAACUCCAGGCCCUACGGCGGAGGCCCGGCUUCUCUAAGAUCCUGCACAUCAAGGUGGAAGGCGGCUGCUAACCCGGGUGGGGGGCGGCAGGGCCCCUGCCAGCCCCACACCAGGGCACUCUCUUUGGACCUCCAGAGGGACCCUGAUUUGUACUAGACCUUUGGUGGCCUAGUGUUAUCCCUGGCUUCUGGGGAGGGGUUGUCAGUCUCCUGUCCUGCUGGGACAGUGGAGCAACAGGCCUGACCCUGAGCACUGCCUCUCCAGGGCAGGGGCUUGGACAGCUGUCCCCCGACUCCCACCCCAACCCCAGCUGGAGCAGCCUUCUGGGCCCAGUCAGCGAAGAGCUGAGUCCCACCAGCACUUGGUGUCAUCGCCCUGAGGAUCUGCAAUAACCACCUCGGCCGCUCGGGCUGCUGGGGCAGGUCUCCCCUUUGUGAGGCCCAGCCUCCUGGUCGGGAGCCUCUGUUAAGCUCCAUGCCAGUGGGUUGCUCCACAAGGCAGCUCAGACUUGGCAAGGAGGGCUCUUCUCUUCCCCCUGCCCUGUCCCAGCCUUCUGUGGGGCACCCCCUCCAGGCAGCCCGCCGGGGCUCUGGGUCCGUAUUUUCCAGGGAUAACCCUAGCGGUCUGGGGAUGUGGCCAGCCGAAAGUGAGAGGUAGGGGUGCAGCGAGGUAGUGGGGUGGGCGUGGAAAGGGCAAGACGUUCAUCCAGAACUUCUCCCCAGGACAUCGAGACCACCCCUCCCAAGGUAGAGAAAACUUCGAGUUUUUAUUGCUGUAGAAAAGACAAGAUCCCUCCCAGCCACCACAUACCCACGACACACCAGAACUAAAUUCAGAGCUAAAAGGUGCAUGUUUCUAUAACUUCCACCAAUCCCGAGCCUCUGGGAAACGGUGUCAGCAGUGAGAAGCAGUUCCUGUCCUCAAGGAAUGUACUUCUAAUCCGGGUGCUUGGGCAGGAAUCUGAUGGUCUUUGGGUCCCCAAGGCUACGUGAGAGGGAAUCACUAGGCUGCCCUCUGUGCUAGGGCCUGGAGGAGUCCGGAAGGAGGGUGGUUUAGUUUGCUUCCUCGUCUGGCUAGCUUGCUUGAAGAUGUGGCUUUGGUAGGGAGCCAGACCCAUGGGGCCAAGAAUGAGGAAGAGACCCCCCCAUCAUUGGACUUUUCCCCCUCCUCAAUCUCCACUGGCCCCACAGGCUGAGGGCUGUGUUGGGGGUCUUCUGCCGGGGGCAGUGCUGGGACCUGAGCCAGAACCACUGGCUUAAAAUGCAAAUGGGGGCUUUCACCAACCCUUGCACGGUUCCCAGAGGGCUAGCUCCUGGCACUAUGGCUCUAAAGACUCAGGUCUCCCCAGUUCCGCCUCUCAGGACUCCCACAGUGGCGCAAAGGCCGUGGGUCCUGCCAACCUUCAUUUGGAAAGUUCUUUCAAACAUUGAUCUAGGUCCAUCUUAGGGUUUCCUUCUCUCCUGUUACAGGGUGGGCUCUCAGUCGUAAUCAUUAGGCCACUGGUUCUGGCUGGGGCUGGGCUCCUCUAGUUUCUCAAUCCUUUCCAGGAACCCAACUUUCUGCCGCAACCUGGCACGGACAUCAGCCCCGCUCUGGGUUACCCUGCAAGGAGGCCUCCAGAGCUGGGACCCCCACAGGAUCAGAAGUGUACCCAGCUCUCCUGGCUCCCCACUCAGCUGUGUCCUGGCUGUUUUCAUUGUUGAUGAUUUUCCUCCCGUGGCUUGUUCUGGCCCUGCCCUUUGAAGACCCCAAAUACCAAGGGUGGCACGUUGGCAACUCCCUGUCCAGUCCUGCACGAAGCCUUGGCUGUGUGGCAUCCCCACCCCAGAGCAGCUGGCUCCAUUGGCUCUUACCUCUCCAGCCCUGUCCCCAGGAGUCACGAAGGAGAAGCACAACUUUCCUCUGUCUGGGGCCUGGAAGGGAGGUGGAGGUCCACUCGGCCUGGUUGCCCUGGUUGUGUCUGUUCUGCUUUGCCAACUGCAUCCUCCCUCCAUAGCCCCUGCUCCCUGUGACCCUCUGUCUCCUGGACAAAGCACAAAGGGAUGCCCUGCUUGGCCUGAGCCUGUCCUACUGAGGGGCUUUUUCUGCCCUAGGUAGCCUCCAUCCCUGAGUACAAGGCUUUGGGCAAUUUCUCCCUGGGAAGAUGCCCGCUGGAAUGCCUGGCAUCAGUUCUGGGAGAGGUCAGGGUGCACAGGCAGCAGGCUUGAGUGGGAGAAAGGUGGUGCUGAAAGGCCUGACGGUUGUCGUAGGUUCCUUCUGUGCAGUAGUGCCGAGCACCGCCAGCGCUGGGGCAGCAGAGUGAACAAGACUCCCCUCUCCUGCUGGUGGGAAGUUUGCCUCUCAACAAGUUUGGCUGUUUCCAGGAAACCCGCCAAGCCCCCCGCCCUGUAUUUUCCAGCUGAGUGUGUGAGGGAUGUGUGGGGUGCAUAUUGCACAGGUCCAAGCCUCUGCCCAUGGGAACGAUGGGUCACAGCCUGUACUGCUGCACACCUGGGGCUGACAGACUUGUGUGCCCUGGCCUUCAUAUCUGCCUUGAGAACUGGCGGGUUUGCGGGCUCCCCACCAGCUUGAUGCUAUUUUUGCCUCUCCCCAGGGGGAUGAGCCCUGCUGCUGAGUGGAGAGCUUUUGUUUACUUGGUCACUUCUCUGGCAAGCACACAGCUAGGGCUGAGGACAGCGAACAGGGAUGAAGGGCCUGGCCAUCCCUAGGAGCACCUUAUCCUUCACUCACCCACAGGAGAGCCCUCUUCCACAUCUCACACCUGAGGAGAUGCAAAAGAGGAGUAUCUGUGAGAGCAAACCAACACAGGCCCUGCUCCAGGGGUCCCAGCAUGUGUAGAGGCCCCAUGGGUGAUGGCCACUUGGUGUCCUUACCACCUCUCCUUGCCAGCCCAGCACCUGGGAGGCUUGGGGUACUUGGCUUGAGUAUAUCAUGCUUUAUUCAGGCUGCCUCCCCACAGCACUGGCAGAGAACAAAGGAGAUGCUGUAUCUGCAUCCCUGAGGGACAGAAAGUGGGCUGCCCAGAACCAUGGCUUUUCACUGGCCAGGAGACCACCUAAGGACCAAGGCAGCUCAUGUUUUCCUAGUCCCAUGAGAGUGGAGUUUGAGCCAGUCCCUCAGCAAUUGCUGGGAAAAAAAAAAAAAAGGGCCACCUCCUUCCCAAGGCGUGCUGCUCCAAGGUUUGACUCUGUCCUUUGCCUUUGGGUCCCGCCUGUCCACCUGGUCCUGGUCUCUAGUCCCCUGGGCUGCCGGUGGGGAGCUGCCCAUGCCCCAGUCCCUCUUGGGCGCUAAGUUGAAGAUCUUUCCAGAGGGACUAUUGGUGCCAAAGACCCAGUUCCUGGUGGACUUGGGGUGAAAACGGGAGAGACGGUGACUGGGUGCAGGGCCCAAGUGCCCAGAGGAGUUAACUCAUACCAAUGGGAUGUGUCCCAGCCCAUCAGUCCCUGAUGAGUGUAACUUCCCUCCCCCAGGGGCCUGGCACUUCUCUUUUUACCCCUGGUGGCUGUGCUUUCUCACCCAGCCUUGUCCCAGGCCCCAUUUCUGUAUAUAUUGCUGUGUAUCGUGUGUGUAUUUAUUCCCGGACAAGUGUGUUCAUCUACAGCCUUGCCUGAGGAUAAGGUUUAGGAUUGGGUGAAGAUCAGAAUACCAGGGCCAACUAAGGCAACCAGCUCCUAGUCUGACCCCAACCCCUUGGGACCCUGGCCAGUCCCAAGACUGCCCCGACAAUCAGGCAGGCUUCCCCGCCACAAGUCCGAGCCUUGUCUGCCACUGCUGGCAGGGCCCCAGGCCUCAGCUUUGCCCUGGCAGGGGUCUUGCAUGCAGGGGCAGACUCGCCUCAUGGCUGGUGCCAGUAGGCCUGGCUCUAGCGACCCCUGCUGGCGGGGACCUCCACAACUGGCCCCAGGCCCUGCCUUCCCUGCACAGCCAGGCUGCAGUGGGCCUGAGCUGUGAGAAGGGAGCUUCCCUCACCCCAAGCACAUCAGGCAGAGGGGUGGAGAGCAUUUUUUGGUUUUGUUUCUGAAGUGGCGCCAGUACCUCCAGCCCCCAGGGGGCCUUCCCUGGCCCCACUUUUCUGCCCCAGCCAGGCAUCACCAUCCCAGCACUUUGCUCCACAUCACCCAUAGAUGCCCUUUGCUCAAUGUACCCGAGCGUAUGUAUUUAAAAGGACUCAAAUGGGCAUCAGAAUUUGUGGCUCUGUAUCCAAUAAAAGAUGGUGAAACUGGAAUCAUAUCUGCCUCAGGGAAGUAAAUGGUAGGUGGCCACAUCUGCCAGUCUGUCACCAAACAUUCCUUCAGCUGAAAUGCACUGAGGCAGGAAGGAGGCGGAUGAUCUGAAUGGCAUCAGUGAGGUGAACUGCAGCAUU